GGAUCGAGUCAGUACUGGACAGGCUACCACUGUGUGGUGUCACGUGUGUCGUCUCGAGAGAAUUACUCGACGAUCGAUCCAUUCGACGCGCGAAAUUUCCCGACGAAACGAAAAACGAACAACCGAACGGUGAAACGGUCGCAUUUUAUUACAAAUAUCGGAUUACCCUUUCUCGCGAGAUCUCGUGAGGCAGGGAACUUGAGAAGAACGCAAUGUCAGCUGCAGUGAGGGAGAGAACAACAACGCACACCAGCAGAAAGAUAGUGAGUCAUGGCAGUCCUAUAUCGGGCCACAGUCAGUCGACAACCACGGCCAACAGCCUCGAAAACAACUUAGACGCUCUUCUCGAGGACUUGCAAACAAGUGUCUCAAGAAGUGCCACCCCGAGCCGAGGCGGCAGGGCACUUUCGCCUCAAGUAGAGUAUCGCGUAGCUGCAAAUCCCACCAAGGUGGUUUCCGAAAGCAGAGCCAUCUCGCCCACUAGAACCAUGACCACCACCACCGAAAAAUAUAUAAGCACUGGGCCGAGUGGUGCGCCCAGUGGUAUACCUGAUUUGAACUUGAUCGAUUCGGAAUUGCAAAAUGUACAGCCUGGUCAAAGCAAAACGAUCGCUUAUAAACAGGUGUCGUAUCAAUAUAACAAAAGUGUGGAUGGAAAACCAAUUGACUCGUGGGUAGCAGACAACGCAUUAACCAACACCAGUUCGGCUUUGAUCGAUGAUAUCCGAGAAAGGAGUUACGAAGAAAGCACAAUCCCCCGUGGCUUAGAACCGGUCGGCAAAUCAGUCAACAGAGAACUAGUGUAUAACGAUAGUUCCGUAUCUCGUUCGAAGCAAACUUCGCCUUUACCAACAGGUACUCAGAGGGAUGUGAAAUAUAUUCACGAAUCUUCCAGCUACCAAACAGAACCAGCGCAAAACACGACGGUAACGACUACGGUGCACGCGAGUGCUGCGCAAGAAUAUGGAAACGUCGAGUACGUACCAGUGCCAUCGCCAACAGCAGCGAUACCGAUCAAUCUGGCACCGGGUCCGAACACCAAAGUAACCACCACCAUUAAAACGUACACUUACGAGCUACCAGGACCGCCUGAAACCUAUUUACCAGGUGGCAACGCGCCAGGCACCGUUGUGCUGCCAGGUGAUCAAACUAUCACGUACACGAUACCGAAAGGAACUGGCUCCACGGACAAAACCAUCGCUUAUCAAACCGUGACCGAGAACGUUCCAUCUAGAACACCAGCCAGAUACAGCAGUCCGCCGCCUCCUGUAACAGACGUGACAAAGAAAUCUACCACGAUCCAUCAAGAGUCAAAGUUCUAUCACGAGCAACACCAUGAUAGUCCGGCCAACGUGCAACCAACCACCACAGUCUAUCAUCCUGGUUCACCACCCUUGGCAAAUAAAACAACGAUCACGCGAAAUGAAAAAUACUAUCAGGUGGAUGGAGGUUAUCCAAACGGGCAUACGGUUGGCGAUCGACCACCGGAUCAUCCGGCAACCACGGUCAUCUAUCAGAACCAACCACCGACUAUAAACGAGACUCGCACAACGAUAAAUCGGAUCGAGGAACAUUAUCCUAGUCGACCACCGUCCGCCGGACGACAUCCGACACCCGAUAAACCGGCAACACCGGUUAAUUAUUAUACAUCACCGGCACAGCCCACUUCCCCGCCGCAGUCUACCACAACAAUAUACAAAUAUUCCAACACCACCACGUCGAUACCUCCGAACAAGAAUCCCGAGGACCACGAACUUUUGUUACCUAAACCGUUCCCGACCGAGGCUGUUCAGCUCUAUCCAUCGACCAAGCCGGCUAACAACAACGUGCAAACUCCGCCCAAGAAGUUGGAGGAUCUCAUGGCAUCGUUUUCUGACACAGAGCGCGAGGUCCUAGAAGACAUUGAAAAAAGGGAAAAAGAACAACAGAAGGAGUCGCCAUCGGUGAAAAAGGAGGUUGACUUUGUACCCCAUACACCGCCCAAAGUAAAAAGUAAAAAUGUUGCUGGUCCUCCGGUUUAUUAUCCUCCCGGAGCAGCAGAAUUCACUAAGAAAGAAGAGGCUAGUGCAGCUAUGUCACAGUCUGGCGGUGGAGGAUGGCAAAAGGCUAAGGCGAAAUACGAAUACGAAGCGUCUGGUAAAAGUAAAUCGAAAUCGAGUAGCGGCAAAGCUGUCGUUCCUGUUUGUUUGCCACUUUGUUGCGCCUUGCCAUGUGUAAUUAUGUAAAUUAUAUCGAUAUUAAUAUCAAUAUCAAUAUCAAUAUCAAUAUCAAUAUCAAUAUUAAUACGUAUUAAUCUUGAUUAAGCGACUUAUUAGUCGUGUUUUGAACGAUCGCGCGUCAGAAUCGAUCACUUGUGCCACUUGCGUAGAAUAAUAUUUAGAGAACAACCUUAACGUAAGAAACAGUAAACGAUUUUAAAAAGCUACAAAAUGAUUGCGAAAUGAUUACGAAAUGAUUACGAAAUAAAAUGCAAGCAAAUAUUUGUCUGCUUCUUUGUUUGUCAUAUAUAUAACGAUAAAUAAAUAUACGAUUAAAACUCGAUAUAAUUUUAAUUCGAAGUAGCAAUUGUAAUUGUAAGCUUUCUUAGUUACGCAUAAUCAUACCGACGAAUUAUCGACAUUUUAAAUCUCGCUACAUAUUCUUACCUUAAUCUCUACUUCUACUUUCUCUUAAUGUAAUAAUUUUUCCGAUCAGACGUUAAAGCUACGACAUCUCAUUCAAAUUUCUUCCUUUUCGUUCUUUUUCGUUUCUACGAUACUAACGUUUAAAUUGCUUUAUUACUUCGCGUUAUUACUUCGAUAUUAUAGAGAACGGUGAAUUCUCAUCCUGCUGUAUACAGACUUAGUCACAGAUGCGUGUUCAUACUUCAGCGAUCGAUCUACACGUUAAAAUAUAAUAUAUAAAAAAUAUAAAAUAUAAAAAACGUCUUACUAGCAUUGUGUCUUACGUACCUCAGUUUCGGCGUCGAUGAACGAUCAAAGAAAAUAUUCAAAAUGUCCACCGCGUAUCCCGACUCUCGAUACUGCCUCUCAUCGACACACGCUCUACUGCACCACUUAACAUCGAGUCCCGUACGAUUCUAUACAUCGUUCACUUGCGUUCAAUAUACGAUAGACUUUAAAUGGUCCCGCAAGAAUACAUAAUUUAGAUCAUCAUGAACGAUAAAGGAUGUUCUCGCUGUAAUCAUCCACAACCCGAAAACGAAGGUACGUAGGGCAUACAAGUGUUUAUAGGACGUUCUUUACUCAUUUUAGUAUGUAGAAUCACCCUUUGAAGUACGAACAUGCAUUUAUAAUUCACCCUGUGUAUUACACUGGGUUUUGUUUAGCGUAACAUCAUCCGCUGUAUUCGUAAGAAUAAAAACCUUAUGUGUUUUUCUCUCUCUCUCUCUCUCUCUCUCUCUCUCUCUCUCGUUCCUUAUUACAAAAAUACUCUUUUAUACUCCUUACAAGUUCUACGUUUCAUCAUAUGCAGUACAUUAUAUCUAUGUAUAAAAAUAUAUCAUUAUAUAAACCACGUAAACCAUUUUGCACUUUUAUUAAAAAUUUUAUAAAAUUUUGUAACAUUCGAAAUAGUUUCUUUCGAUAAUUCUUUUCUCAGGAAUCGAACCAGGAAUAUUCAUUAUCUAGAAUCAGAUAGAGAGACUAUUCAUUAGUAUAUAUCCUUUUAUAUCGUUGUAUUAUUAAAGCAAUAUUUUAUGAUUGUCCUUUCACUUUUAUUACUAUCUAUCACGAUGAACAGUUACAUAUUUAUGCGCUUACAGAAUGUUAUCUGUAUAUGGAUUUAAUAUGGAUGAAAAUAUGGAUGAAAAUAUGGAUGAAAAUAUGAAUUUAAAUGCAACAAAUUUCAAAAGGAAUUUAGAUAAAGUUGUUAAGACAAAUAACGUAUAAGACGAUACAUUUUUUUCGUAGUUUAAUAUAAUCUUAAAGUAAAUAAAUAUAAGUGAAAGUCAUAACUAUAUCAUUCUUUUAUCGUGUUUAAAAAAUUCUUGUAAUAGAAUAAUACCGUGAAUUAUGGUGCUAUAAUAAUUUUAGUAAACAAAGACAUGUAAAUGUUAUGCGCUCUCGUUAAAUUUUGAGUUUGUGUAUUAUUAGAAUACAUGGUUACAGAUAUGUUUAAUAUGUUACGAAUAUGUAAAAAUUGUGCCAUGAGACGAUAUAUAGAUGUAAAGUGUGUGUUAAUAGUAGCUUCCGUUUCAAUAAAAUGUCUACUCCACCUA